AAUGUGUGUAUGUAAACACACAGUAAUAUAUAUAUAUCCAGAUAAAUAUAGAUGUGUGCGUAUGUGUGAAUGACACGUCAUGCGUGAAUUGACAGUUCAAUCAGUUCAAUUAAUAGUGCCACGACACAAGGUAACGCACAGGUUGGUACAGGUUGCUUAACCUUACAAGACUGCAAUAUUGUUCAUCACUUUCAUCGGGGCACACUUACCACGAUGAUAUAAGAAAAGCACUGUAUUGUAAUUUCCACCUUGAUACAUAUCAAAAUUUAUAUAAUAAUAUUGAAAAGAGUAAGUAUUAACUAAGGAACAUGUAUAACAAUACCAAGCUCACAUUAUUUCUCAGACGUUAUGUGUGAUUGUAUAUGUGAUAUAUAUGUGCCAAAGAUUCGUGAAUCUCAACAAUACAAUGAUAAUAAACUUACAAUUAUAGAUAUUGAUGUGGAUGCUGCACUGAUUGAAAUUAAUUGUUUAGAAAAUACCAUGUUGGAUAAUUCUACUGCCAUUCGACGUCCAAAAGGUUCCGUUAAUGGAACUGAAAGGAAUGUUAGACGAAAGACACCAGCAAUGGAACACAGCCAGUCACAUGAUGUUUGGAAUGUGGAUCCAGAACACUUGACACUCUGGAAACAUCCUAUUAUAACGUUAUAUUAUUUCUUUAGUGAAGUGGCCAUUAAUGUGCUUAGUUUAGCGAAGAAAACGUUACUUUACAAAAGAACAGUGUGCGCUGUAAUUUCAAUUGUAAUACUAUUUCUCCUAUCAGGCAGAAUAUCUGGCCCACAACAGGAGAUUUUUAAGUUGUGGGAGGCCAAAGUAAUCUGGUGGUUAUAUUGGGUAGGAUUAGGUGUAUUAUCAAGUGUAGGUCUCGGAACAGGUUUGCACACUUUCGUGUUGUACUUGGGGCCGCACAUAGCGGCCGUUACUAUGGCGGCAUACGAAUGCGGUGCUCUGAACUUUCCCGAACCGCCAUAUCCUGAUCAGAUAGUAUGCCCGACGAAAAUUGACCCGCUUUGGGUAGUAGAUAUAUUAAAUAUUAUGAAAAAAGUACGCGUAGAAGCCAUGCUAUGGGGGGCUGGCACUGCACUUGGUGAAUUACCACCAUAUUUCAUGGCUAGAGCCGCAAGAAUGAGCGGACAAAAUAGUAAGAGUGACAAUUUCGACCAAGAAGAUUUAAGAGAGUUAGAAGCCCUGGAAGCGUUAGAAAAUGGUGAGAGUAUACCGUUUGUAACGCGUAUAAAACUAACAAUGAAGCGAUUCGUUGAGAAAGCUGGAUUUUGGGGCAUAUUGGCUUGUGCAUCGAUCCCAAAUCCACUAUUUGACUUAGCUGGUCUGACAUGUGGUCAUUAUCUCAUUCCUUUCUGGACAUUUUUUGGCGCGACGCUGAUUGGAAAGGCUGUUAUUAAGAUGCACAUACAACAAUUAGCAGUAAUCAUAGCUUUCAAUGAAGAGCUUUUAGAUAAAUUUAUCAGCUUGUUAGCGAUAGUACCAUUUGUCGGUGCAAAAUUCCAAGAGCCAUUAAAAAGAUAUUUUGUUGAACAGAAACAUAAGCUGCAUGAUAAAUCGUCUAUGGACGGAACUACUACAAUAUCAUGGCUGUUUGACAAAUUUGUCACACUAAUGAUCGGUUACUUCUUAAUAACAAUUAUACACGCGUUAGCGCGAAAUCAUCAUCGUAGACGAACCAAACCAGCGAUUGAUUGAAAUUUAAGAAACAUAGAAUAAUUAGAAUGAUAAAAUAAGUUCCACAAACAACCCACAUACAAAUAAAUAUAAUAUGUUUUUAUGGUAAAAAAAGGAUAAGAUAUAUAAGAAUACAGGAAAUUAAUUAAAAUUUUCAUUUACUAUGGUUUUAACGUUAUAAAACAGAUAUAUACUGUACACGAGAGCUGAAUAUCUUAAGUAACUAUUUUUUUCGUUGAUUGUACGUUUAUUUUGUUACAAUAUUCUGUAAAUAUCGAACAUAUUGCUAUUCAAAGUUUGAAUUAUAUGUAUAGACUAGUUUUUAUGAAUCAAGAUUUAGCGAAAUCUUUAUCAUAAUUGAACCAAAUCAGCGAUCGAUUAAAAUUUAAGAUAUAGGAUAAUUAGAAAUGUCAAAUAAGUUCCACAAACAGCCCAUAUAUAAAUAUAACAUGUUUUUAUGGCAAAAAAUAAGAUAUAUAAGAAUACAGAAAA